AUGAAGUACGAGACGUUCGUGUUGCUCAACAAGUCCGAGAUCAGCUUCUACGACAGCACGUGCGAAGGAGCCGCCGACGGCAAGCCCCAGCUCGCCUUCCGCGUACUUCGCGACGCCGGCACCACGCAGUUGCAGUGGGCGCUAGAGACGAUUCGGUACCAGUCCACACGUUUGCCGCCGAGCCUCCUCGCCCACAAGACCGGAAGCAGGUGCGCGGAGGCGCAGUCGCCGCCGCGGCAGCCGCCGGGGUGCCUGGCCCAGGCCCGCGCAGUCGACGCGUGCGAGGGCGAGUUCCCCCCGCUGUGA